AUGGGUGGCGGCGGUGGCUGUGGAUGUGGAGACGGGGACGGCGACGGCAACUUGGUGCUGCCCUGCCAGUCCCCUCCGCUCGCCGAGGUCACCCUCGCCCUCGUCGGUAAGAUCGGCACCGGCAAGAGCGCCACCGCCAACUGCAUCCUCGGGACCCACGCCUUUGCGUCGGAGUUCGCCUACGUAAGCGUCACCGAGACCUGCCAGAAGAGCAGCGCCACCUUCCACGACGGCUAUGGCGCCACCCGCACCGUCAACGUCAUUGACACCCCAGGCUUAUUUGACAUGGAGAUUUCGAUUGAGGAUGCCCGUAAAGAGAUUGUAAAGUGCAUUGACAUGAGCAAAGAUGGCAUACAUGCUAUGCUUAUUGUGUUCUCAGCCACAUCACGGUUUUCUUGUGAAGAGCAGAAUACAGUUGAGUCAAUUAAACGGUUUUUUGGUGACAAAAUCGUCAACCACAUUAUAUUAGUUUUCACACAUGGAGAUGCGGUUGGGGAUGACGUUGCCUGGAAGAAAAUGCUAGCUGUGAGGUCCCCGGUUUAUCUCCAGGACAUGAUAAAGCUAUGCCAAAAUAGGGUUUUUCUCUUUGACAACAUGACCAGUAAUAUUGAGCGCCGUGAGAUGCAACGUCGGAAAUUGCUUGAUGCAGUUGACUUUGUUAUAUCAAGUAAUGGUGGCACAUCAUUUUCCUACAAGAUGCUCCCUCACAUUCAGGAAGCAAAUGAUGGACAAAGUGAGAAUAGUACCGGUGGAUAUUCUGCAGAAAGGAUAUAUGAACAAUUGACACAGAUAACCAAGAAGGUUGAUGAAAACCUGAACAGUACAGAAGAGGAGAUCCAGAGGCUCAAGGAGAGGCUGGAGAAAUCUCAGAAAGAGCAUGAUAAUGUCAAACAAGAAAUGACAAAUGCAGAGAACCUGAGAAGGCUAGAGGAGCAGAAGAUGGAGGAGCAGAAAGUGGAGAUCAACAAUCUGAGAGAGGAACUUGAGAAGGCAAGGCAGGUAGAGAUGGAGCGCAAGGAGAAGGAGAUCCAGAGGCUCAUGGAGAGCCUGGACCUGGCAAACAAGGAGAAGGACAACUACAGAACGAUGUACGGGAACAAGUGCAUCGUUAUGUGA